CACAAUUUCAAUUUACAAAUGCAGAGUCGACAAACCGUAUAGUAAAAUAUAUAUAAAUCACAAUCUAUUUAUAUAAAUCACCCUCCGCGAUUUCUUAUCGCGAAACAAGCCCGAUAAUAUCAGUGGCACGGCUAAGCGCUGUUUCGCAGCGGAGGUCCGUGUCGUUUAUAUUCACUAAUAUCACAAAAUCAACAACAUAAACAAAAACAAACAAAACCACCACCCCCUCCCCCGCUUCCGCGACGCGGCCCCGGCCACUCCCCGCGGAGCACGCCGCCGCUCGGCCGCUCUUCCCGGCCGGCUCGUCCAAUGGAGGCCGCGGUCGCUCGGGGACGGGCCCCGGCCAUGUUGUUGUUGUGUGUUUGAAUGAGGAAGGAGCGGGAGAGAGACAGACCGGGGCUUGUGUGUGUGUUUCUGUUAAAGCCGGGGAUUGGAGUUGUAUUUCCCCCCCGUCCACAGUGCUUCCCUGAGAGGCUGGGGAGGGUGUUUUUGUUUUGAUAUCUAACAGGGCGGUGCGGUCGGGGUUUCAACCCCCCGGGUGAGGGACCGGAAAGCGCCCGGGUUUACGGCGCGUUUUCGGGGGCAGCUGGAGAGAGUUCUCUCGACUUAACUUUUUGUUAUUAUUAUUAUUAUUAUUAUUGCAAAUUACACACUCGGGCUUGCGUGUCUGUGGCCGCUCCAAACGCAGCUCCUGUACUAGAUAUUUAUUUUUUACACCUUUUUAAAAGAAACCCGAGCCAUGUUUAAUAAGCUGUGCGAGUGGCUGCGGAUCGCUAGCCCCCGGGACGGAGCGGGCGACCAGGCGGCAGCGCCGAGCCCCAGAGCCCGGUGUUUAGCGAGGAAGAGACCGUGGAGCAGUGUGGAUGGAGAUGCCGACUCGGAGCCGGGGGAGAGAGACUUUAAGAAGUUCAGAAUGGGGGAGCUGUUGGGCUCCGUGAAAGUCGCGGCAGGCGGGGUGAGAAGCCAGGGAAGCAACGCGCUGUCCUGGGUACGGAGUAACCUGAGCCCGGCUCUGAGCUCGGUGCUGCUAAGAGGAGCCCCCCAGGGACCGCCCAGCGACCGAGCCCGCCCCCCGAACCCGAACCGCCCCCCGGGGGAACAGAGCGAGUUUUUGAGAAGGACUCCCGGGCCCAUCAGCGAAGCUUUCCUCGCUCCUCCGGGGAACUGCGGCUGGAAAGCUUUCUCCAAAACCGAGUUCUCUCAUGGUUCAGGUGAUUGUAAGAGACGCUCUGUUCCCGCAGCUCUGCUUUUCCGAAGCUGCAAAUCGAAUGGGCACUCACACCGUGCGGGCCCCACCCCGCUCCCCAGCGCCGCGGCCGCACCAGCGGAGGCCCUUCUGGGAAGAACCCUGUGUCUCGGAGCGAACAGAACCCACGGCCCCUCCAGCAGCAGCAGCGGCAGUGGUGGGGUCGUCAGUGUGCAGUGCAGCCCGCGGCCCUGCAGCUCCAUGUAUGAGAAGAGCUUCCCCGUCCGAGUGCUGGCCAGCCCGUCCAGGAGCAGCUCUUCCCUGCACUGCAGCCCCCGGAGCACCUGGAGAGGGGCCAGGAGACAGGGAGGGGGUGCUGCGGAGGAGUCUGUGCGCAGGGAGGAGAAGGAGGUGUACAGGCAGCUUCUGGAGAUGGUGUCUGGAAGCAAGUCCCGAGGAUCCCCCUCAUACACGGGCUGGCACUCCCACAGAGACCUGUCCAGUUUCCUGAGCAGCAGAAGCUGCUUGAUCCGGACAGCGCCCCCUAGCUGGCUGGAAGAGGAGGACGGAGAGGAGCGUUUGGGCGGGACCCUCGACGGCUCUCCCGUUCCCAGUAGCCAGGUCUCCAGCGCUCUGCCCAGCCCAGUGGCUGGGAGCAGUCCCCUGUCCGACCACGGGUUUGAGGGGGACACCGUCUCUCUGUCAGUCCCCUCGCUCCUCAUUGAGGAUGACACGCAGUCCUCAGGUGAGUCCCACGCUUCCUGGCUGUAGGUCACGAUGAAACUCGAAAAGGACGUUCUGGC